CGGAUCGACCUCCACAAUAUUAUUUUAUUUUUCCUUUUUCAUUUGUUUUCUGGGAAAAAAGAAAAAGGAGUACAAGUAAGCCUCACCGCACACAUCCGUCCUCAGCAAUCCUCUUCAACACAUAAUCCUGUUUUGAGCUUUUAUGAACGCUUGUACUAACGGUAGGGCACGACUAUUGCUAGUAACGUUAGCUCAAAGAUACAACCUCGAAACAAGUCGGGACAAGACCAGUCUCAGGACUCACCAUACUCAAUGAGCGUACAGCGCAAUGUCAGAGCGCUCUGGGCAAACGGCAAAGGGGAAGGAUGGCAAAACCAAGUAUGCGUCUCUCAACCUGUUUGAUACCUACAAAGGAAAGAGCAUUGAAGCACAGAAGCCUGUUGUUGCCCCUCGUCAUGGCUUACAGUCUCUUGGUAAAGUUGCCUCUGCACGGCGCAUGCCCCCCCCAGCCAACUUGCCUAGUUUGAAGGCGGAGAACAAAGGCAACGACCCCAACGUCUCGCUCGUUCCCAAAGACGGCACAGGAUGGGCAAGCAAGCAGGAACAAGCAGACCCAAAGAGUACCGAUGUAUUGUCAACAGCGCAGCCGGAGUCGCAGCAGCCUGUGGUCUCACAGACGUCUGCGCCGAGCAUGCCGAGAACACCCCCAGCUCAAGAGGCCCCAACUCAAGCUCUAGCCGCAGGGCCAAGGUCCUGGGCUCCGGCCAGUGUUACACAUGGAGUACAAGGAGAUGGUGGAAAGGGAUCAAACCAACCGUCGCCAUUCUCUCGCGAGGAAUUUCCCACCCUGCAGGCGGCUGGAGACCAGGACAAAGUUGGCAAAGAACAGGCCACUGCAGAUCAGUGGUAUGGGCCAGGACCAAGCCUCCGCCCCCAAAACGUAACAAGCUGGCGGGAUGGUGGGGGCCGGGGAUUGGCACCCACCCUGGCUGGGGAGGCAGUUGCGGAGGGCGGUGCUGGGGGAGCCAUAGUGAUGGAGGGUGCUGCUGGGGCCCCUCCCAUCCCACAGCAGAAUGCAUCUUCUCAUGGCCCGCCUAGAUCUUCCCCAACCGGCAACCCCGCGCUUCCCCUCCCCCAGCCACCCAUUGGCCCGCAGUUCCAGGCUUACAGAGGCAUCAUGCCUCCCUUCAUGUAUCCACCAUACCUGCCCUUCCCACCGCCUUAUGGUCCACAGGGACCAUACAGGUACCCACCCCCAAAUGAGGCCCCUAGGUUUUCUAGGUCACAGGGUGGAGUAGGGCCAGAUGGGCGGCCCCAUGGAGGCCCCCGGGGUGAAGUGGUAAAACGCCCAUCCAUCCUCAAACAGGAUGACCUGAAGGAGCUUGAUGAGCUGGACCAUGAUGGAGAUGAGGGCUGGGCUGGAGCACAGGAAGAAAUUGACUACUCCGCAAAGUUGAAGUUCAGCGACGAUGAAGGAGAGGAUGAUGGGGAAGAGGAAUGGUCUGAAAACAAAAAUGGAUCCCGUUGUAACAGGGAGCCAAGGGAGCAGCAGAGAUCCCAAGAUGGACCUGCACCUGUUUCACGUUCCCGGGCAUCCGACAGUGGAGGGGAUUCUCGCCGUACCCCUCCUUCCUCUGCUGAAGAUGGCUCCACGUCCCCCUCCAGCAAGCCAGGCUGGGCCGAGGAGGGUGGAAGCAGCUGGAGCAGUCAGGCAAAUGCAGGAUCCUAUCAGGACCGGCCUUCAAACCAGUCGCCAAUCUCAGGCCCCAUCCUAGCCCCCCAGAAGCCCAGUGGUGCCCAGGCACAGCAGCAGGGGGGGGCAAUGCCUGGUGGGCCGACUCCUCCUCCCUCCAAUGCCCUGCUUCCCCAGCAACAGGGCGAGGAUGAGGAUGAGACAUGGCGGCAACGAAGGAAGCAGUCAUCAACUGAGAUCUCUGCUGCGGUAGAGCGUGCCCGUCGGCGGCGUGAAGAGGAGGAGCGGAGGAUGCAGGAGGAGCGCCGUGCUGCCUGUGCAGAGAAGCUGAAAAGACUUGAUGAAAAACAGCAGCAACAGACUAUAAAACCCAGCACCCCCAGUGAUGCUCCGACCAACAGUCCUAGUCCUUCCUUGUCUGCACCUGCUUCAUCUCCCAAUGUCAGUCAGCCACCAUCACCCUGUAUGGACUCUGAAGACCCUCCUCUAUCAUCUUCUCAGGGAAGCGGUGCAACACUAGGAUUGAAUAUUAAUAACAGACAGCGGGCUGGCAGCAACAGCAGUCAUGACUCCAACACUGAGUCUCCGCAAGCUCUGCAUCCUCAACCCACCCAGCAUCCACAAACCCUGGAUGUCCCAGUGGCUGGAGAUGCCAAGGAGGAACCUGUGGUGCAUAUCCGCACUAGAGGUGGAGAUGACACGGUGAAGGUGGUUGAAAAUGUUGGUGGAACAGGACGGCAGGGAAGUGGUCCAUCUGGGCAGGGCUUUUCCAAGUAUCAAAAAUCACUUCCUCCUCGUUUUCAGAGGCAACAACAGGAGCAACUUCUCAAACAGCAGCAGCAGUGGCAGCAGCAGCAGCAGCAACAUAACCAGGUUGCCCAAAAUCAGCUCCAGCCUCAGAAUCAGCAGGGCCCCUCUCCAGGUACCACACCACAGUCUGGGCCCAAACAGCCAACCCUUUACCCUCCUGGCUCAAUGGGACGUCCUCCACCUCUGGCUAUGAACUUCGAUCCCCGUUGGAUGAUGAUGCCCUACAUGGACCCUCGAAUGAUACAGGGACGUCCCGCACCCAUGGACUACUACACUCCCAGCAUGCAUUCAUCUGGGAUGAUGACUCGAGAGCGUUCUGAUUCUGGUGGCUCUGGGUCAGAUCCAUUUGAUAGGCAGCAGCAUGGUGGACCCUCUCAUCCCCAUCGUGGCACACCUCCAAUGGAUCCCAAACUGGCUUGGGGACCAGAUGUUUUUCCAGGGGGUACUGAGGGUCGAGGUCUAAGCUCCCCACUACGGCAGAAAGCUGUUGAGGAAGAGGAGGCUGGCAAAGGUCAAAGAAGUGACACUCCUCCAGUGCUUAUGCGGGAGGGAGGCACAGCUCCCAUUCAGCCUCCCAGCUCUCCAUCUGGCACAUCCAACCAAACCUCACCACCUCUUGGGAUUCAAGUUGGAGGACAGGGUGCUAGCCACCAUGCCCAUCAUCAGCCCUUUAUGGGUGGGCGAGGAGGUUACAGUAGCUACCCUGACAAUGGAUCCAGAAUGGGCUCCCACUUGCAGCAAAGGGCCAGCAGUGGAGGGACACUGCAUGGUUUUGGCCACCAGGAGGGUAGUCAACAGAGCCAAAUCUGGGGGACUCCUCAUCCCCAUUAUGACCGUAAUGGCCGUUCUGAUCACUUCACCUUGGAGACCAACUCGCAUCACCAACACCAUGGUCCCCCCACUCACGUCCCUCAUUUCUCUCUUCAUCCUCAUAAGCAUGAGAAUGGCAGAGAACGAGAAAAAGGGGGGGAGCCAAAAAAGAGUGACCCUUCACCUCCAUUCCAUCAGCUGUCCCUUUCCCCUUCCUGUUCAUCCUCAUCAUCUUCCUCAGCUAGAGAAGAUGGUAUUGGAAAACAGUCUUUACAUAAUCAGGUCCCACAACCAAUUGAACAUGAUACUGGAUCUGGUCAUGCUUCAGGAAGGAAACAAAAUCAGCCCCAGCAGCAUUCUGUGCAGCAACACCACCCUAAAGCCAACUCUCGCAGUCGGGAGCACAAACCUGAGACCCACUGGGGCCCGAGGCCUAGUAGCAGUAACGUGAGUGGGGGCUCAACCCAUAACAGAAAGGCACCAGGCUCUGGAAUGAGUGGAAAUACUGAAGAACCUUCAAAUCAUGGGACUGAGAACAAAUCCUUUACUCAAUCAGAUGGCACAGCCAAGCGAGCAGGUCCAAUUAAGAGACCAGUACUUAAAGAGGUGAAAAGAGAGGGUGGUGAAGGAGGAGGAGAAAAGUCCACUGGAGGCUCUGGUAAAGAUAAAGAACAAGAUUCUAGCCAGACUUCAACCAAACAAGAAACGGCCUCUGGGGCUCAAGGCCCCUCAGGACUCAGUGGGAAAGAUGAUGCCGCCUCAUCAAAUAAACACAGAACUGGUGGAAAGGAGCGAGGUAACACUGGGGCUUCAGGUAAAGGAUCCAGAAAUGGAGAAGGCUCUAUCCAGAAUUCUGGCUUUCCAGUUCCCCAGUCCAGGAGGGAAAGAGAGCAUUCCGCUGAAAGAGGGAGCACAACUUACCAUGCAUCUUCGUCCAGAGGUAGCCGAUCCAAUCGUGGUCGAGGAGAGUUCUACGGCCGAGGCCGAGGCUACAGAGGCACUUACUCUGGCACUGCAGGUGGUGGCAGCCGUGGCAAAACAGGUGGCAGGAGCAACAGGGAUUAUAGAACAGCUGCCAACAGUGGCUACCAUUAUGCAUCUUCUAAUCAAGAAUACAAGCGAGAGGCAUCAUCUGGCAGUGGUAGGCAUGGACAUGGGGGCUCUCAGCCAAAUCCGGGACGUGCUAGGAACCGAAGUGAGACUCGAAGUGAAGGCUCUGAAUAUGAAGAGGUGCCAAAGAGGAGGAGACAACGGGGAUCUGAAACAGGCAGUGAGAGUGCUGGUAGUGACCUUGCUCACUCCGAAAAGGAAGACCGCAAGCAAAACAACAAGACUGGUAUCAGAGGAGAGAACCCUACAACAGGCCCUUCAUCUUCUUCAGCUCCAAUCAGAAACUCCCAGACAAGAGUGUUCACACCAAGGGGAGUGCCCUCUAGACGUGGCAGAGGUGGUGGAGGUGCUGGAGGAGGUCUCCAUAGAAGUGGAGGUAGUGCUGGAGGGUCUGGUGGACACAGAUCUGGACCUGGCCCUGGAUCUCAUGGCUGGUCUGCAAAAUCUGCAUCUGUGCGAAAGCAACAGACGUCCUCACAGCCACCCCCUCCUAAAGAUUCAGGCCGUGGAGCCAGUGUUGACAAGAAGAAAGCUGCAGACCAGAGUCAGUCUCAGAGUCAAAGUGCAAAUCCCUCCGCACCUAAUCCCUCUGUGCCUAUAGCUAUCCAACAAGGGAUCACUGAGAAUGGAAGUGCUGGAGCCCCACUGUCCUCAAGUAAUGUUCCUUCAAAUUCCUCUGGCACUCCUGUCCAGACUCUUCCUCUGUCUGCCCCUGAUGGAAGAGGUUUUCCUAACCAGGGAUUUGAGCGCCCCCCUCGUCGCAGACGCCACGGACGAUCUCAGCAUCAGCAGGACAAGCCUCCCAGAUUCCGCAGACUUAAGCAAGAGCGAGAGAAUGCAGCCCAUAUCAAUGGAAGCAGUGGAAUUAUUGAAAUCGUAGCUGGACAACAGCAGCGACCUGCUUCACCUUUGCAGAAAUCCCUGCAAGAAAACAAUAGCGCUCCCAACUCAUCCACCGCAGCUGUUGCAAAUGCAAAACACAGUGUGUCUGCAACUUCUACCAAUAAUAAUAACAGCAGCAACCUUGGAGGUGGAAACCAAAAUUUCAAUAGCCACCACCACCAUCACUACCAGGGCAACUCCCAGUCGCACCCUCAACACCAUCACAACCAUAACCCAGCUGGGGGUGCCAAAUCUCCAGACGUCUCUAACCAGAACUCUGAUCAGGCCAAUGAGGAAUGGGAAACAGCCUCUGAAAGCAGUGAUUUCACUGAGUUUCGAGAAAGAGGGGGUGGGGGAGGGGGUAAACCCUAUUCCUCCCACCAUCAUCAUCAUCACCACCACCAUCCAUCCGGAAGAGGUGGUGGAGGCGGUGGUGGGGGCGAAAGAGAGAUGACAGCUAAAGAAUUGGCCACCAGCAAGAGAAGCUUCUCCAGUCAGCGGCCUGGAAUGGAGAGGCAGAACAGAAGGGUUAAUACCGGUGGUGGUGGUGGUGGUGGUGGAGGAAGAGGCCCCAGGGGUCCGCCUGGCGCUGGUGGGGCGUUCGGUGGAGCUGGCAAUGGUGGGGGCAAUCGUGGUGAGAGGCGUGGCAACUGGCCCUCUCCUAAGAACAGGAAGUGAUGCUUUGUUUUUGUUUUGUUUUUUUCAUUUGGAAAUAAUUCAAAUUAUUCCCUCUAUCAUUGGCCACUCUUUUCUGUAAAACCUCUUCUCCCUUAACAUGUUAACACUUUAUUAUCAUAAAAGAUUAGUUACCAAGACCAUGAACACAUUCUAGUUCUUUAGGUUUAUAGCUAUUUGUCCCUUGUUUGGAAAUUCACACUCCGUGUCCUUUCACGCUACCAUUAAUCCUAAACUCUACUGAGAUUUUACAUACUACACCCCAUUUUAAUGGAAAUAUUUGCUGACUGAAAACGCAUUUGACCAAAUGGUCCAUUUAUGUUGGCAUAUAUAAGCACAAAAUGACAUCAACCUAACAAAGUUGUGCUUAGUUUGUUUAUGCUGGGUAUGCACACAUUGUGUUUGUUUGUGUAAGAACUGUGGCUUGAAGUAUAUAUGAAAGGCCAAGGUUGUUAUUAUGUACUUGUGUAUUCACAUUACAUGUUGGAUUCUGGAAGUUGCUCUUUUAAUGAGAACAAAUAUAUCAUAGAUUUGUUUUCCCCCAUUUUUAGUUGUUAAUUUUUCAUUUCAGCCUCUUGAAGGUGAAGAUCUAUAUAUAUAUAUAAUUUUUUUUUUCUUCUGCAAAGCAGGUCAUUAAAAUCCAUUUUUAAAUAAAACUCUCUUCGUUUUUGGUUCAAACUCACAUAUGGUGUUGCCGCAAAGUAUCUCACCAGUGCUUUUUUUUUUUUUAUUCACUCUAAUGCCCACUUUUCAGAACUAUGUGGUGUAUUUUUCCUUAUGUUAAGUUGUAGGACCUCUCUGCUUAUUGCUUUGGGUUUUCAAAUAGUUUCAUUAGCUGUUUUGGCCUCCGCAUGAAAUUGUAGUCUAAUAGUGCACAUUAUACUUGUUAAUAUUAUUAGACUGUGGUCUUAAUUGAACGUCCUUCAGAAGUUCCUCUUCAUGGAUCACAUCAUUUUAAGGUUGUUUCUCUUGUGAUCAAAUCAAGUGACUCUUAGCCUUGGUGUCAGAUUCUCAUUAAAUUUGAAGUUUUUUUUUUUUUUUUGAGGUCAUCCGUUAAAGAUUUUCUUUUGUCUUGCACUUAAAGUCCGUAAACUCCAAAACGCACCUUUAGAAUAAAGAAUGUUCAGGGUUUUUUUUUUUUUUUUUUUCUCCAAAAGAAUAGCUGUGUAUUGGGCAUCUUAUCUGACUAGGUGUCAUACUGCAGUUCCAGGUUAUUGAAUAUGACAAGUAUUGUGCUAUUAUAUUCCCUUAACCGUUCUAGGGAGUGUAGAGAAUCACUAUUUGACCACCCUCUGCGUUGUAAAUUCCCUUUCCUUUUUUUUUUUUUUUUUUUUUUAAGGAACCUACACAAGCUGUUUCUCCAGUGUGUAUUUCCAAAGUCCCCAAAAACAUGUCUCAGAACUAUGAGCAGCUUCUUGCUCACAUCCUCAGACUUAACUUCAAUUUACCAGUCAUGUCAUUGAGACCCAAGUCAAUGCCAAGGAGUCUGUGGCCCUUUUUGAGUAGUGUUACAAAAUGAGACAAUGGUUCAAUGUGCAGUAUGCCAGAAGUCAAAUCCUGCCCAUCCAGGGAGCCUGUGCCCAGGUUAUUGAGAAACAACAAAUGCUUGAUGUCUAAAAAGAAAUGGAUCAAAGCAUUGUCCCCUCCUCGUUUUGACCAGCAUCUGUAUCCUGAUGGUGUAAGUUGGGGUUUGUUUGUUUUCUGGGAAUGCAUUGGUCUAAUGAAUAGCUUUGAAAUAAUAAGUAGGGCUUUCAGAUGAAAUGUAUGUGUGAGUAGGGCAUUUAAAAAGUAUGUGUGAAUUUAUAUCUGAUCAAUACAGGUAAUGUGUUCUUUUGAAAAUAGGACGCUUUUUGAAGGCGAACAUGAGUCCCAAUUGCCCACCUUUUCUGACACUAUUAGGAUGUUUAUUUUAUCUAGGGUUGUGUGUAUAUGUUAAUCCAAAUGAAGUGCAGUGGAAAAAAAAUGUUAAAUCGAUAUAUAUAUAUAUAUUUUUUUUCCUACUUGGGAAAAGAACUAAAGUUGGUUUAUUUUGCUUUUCUUGCAGACGUUUGCCAAGCAUGGUUUUUGUCCUCAGAUACAGCUUGGUUGGUCUAUUUGUUGGAAGCCGUUCUCCCAUCUGCUUUCAGUGCUGUUUAUCAUCCCUCUUAAACCUAAACCAUUGAUGUGGUCACAUUAUAUGUACCAAUAUCAAAAAAAAAAAAAUUAAUAGCAAUGUGUAUUCCUUCAAAUACUCAGAGAUUGUAUUAUACUUAUAGCUAUACCAAGGUACCUGAGGUUGUUAUUGCUGUCUUAGCAUCUAUGGCUUAUUAUUGGAACCUUGAUCUACACACAUGUAUGUAUAUUGGUAUGCAUUUGAGUUUGUCCGCCCCAACUUACAUUCCCACACAAUUGCCAUUUUUAAGUUCAAGGGAGCAAUGUACAAGCAGAGAAGUGUCUUAUUAUAAUAAAAAGUAUACAGAGAAAAAGUUAAAUAAAAAUCUUUUGUUUUAAUGGAA